GCCGCUCGCGCGCGUAACGGCUGUGCUGGUUCUGACAGAGCAGGCCGAGCGGUGAAAUUCAGACUUUACAACCGCCGGUUUAAAAGCUGUAUUUUGCGAAACAAGAGCCGAGGUGGAUUUAUUUGGGUCCCGUUUGUUCUCCCGCCUCGAUUGUGUUUUGGGGUGUUGACUUGUCUUUGUCCAGCACUUGACUCCAGUUUUGUUUUCCAGUUUCGUCCGUUGGAGGAGCCGCUCUGCCGAAUAAGCGCUCAUGUUGGAUUUACUCCCCUAGUAUUUGGUCAAAGUUAACCAUUUUAAGUCCUCAGCUGCCAAACCGAUGCCCGGGUCGUGCUGUUUACCUAAUCUUCACACUCUCUUAACGGAUUUAACGCCGUAGCUGGGCUCCAUCUCUAAAUCUCAGCUGGCUACAUCUCCUCAGAUGUGACAUUUCCGUGUGAGGUGCGGGGCGGUUUUUGAACGUUCACUCCCGCGCAGUGAAUGCGCUCCCAAUGCGUUCAGUGCUGCUGGCUCGAAAGAGGAAAGAAGCCGGGGUUGGGAUCGCUCUGUCUCCGAGCUCGCUGAGGAUCAUGUUCAGCUGCGUGGGGUGUUUCUGGGUGCUCCUGUCCUCCGCCCUGGUGGCCGUGUGCAGUUUCAGUUUUAUUUCUCCCGCCUGGAUAGUGAAGGAGCACGCCAGGAGCGAGGACUCGGUCAGCUUCGGCCUGCUGUGGCACUGCUCCGAGUCUCUGGACCACAUGUACCGCUGCUACACGUUUGGUGGACUGGGCAAGUUCGCCGAGAUACCGUCGAGCUCUUGGCAGACAAGUGCAGUGCUCUGCUCUGGAGGUUGUGCGCUGCUGGCGGUCAGCUCCCUGCUGGCCAUCAUCACCAUCUUCCUGCCCAGCGGUACCUGUGAGAGGAGGAUCUGCACGCUGGCUGGCUACAUGCAAAUGGCUUCAGUGUUCAUCAUGGCAUCUGGUCUGCUGGUGUAUCCUUUUGGCCUAAACUCCAGCCUGGUCAAGUCAUUCUGCGGAGACUCCGACAUCUACUAUGCUGGGGAGUGCCAGAUAGGCUGGGGCUAUAUGUUGGCCAUAGUGGGCGUAAUGCUCACCCUAUUUCUACCCUUUUUUGCCAAGUACGCCCCCAAAGAGCAGCUUUCUCCCACCCCGCUGCCCACACUUUUAUAAAGGCUCUGCCAUGCGCAUUGUGUCUGGUCUUAUCUGUUUUCAAUUCUAGGAAGCAGAUCUGCGUUUCCCUAUCUUUUGUUUUCGAUGAUGAUGAUGAUGAUAAUGAAGCCACUUUGGAAUAAGUGUGCCCAGAAGAGCCAUUGUUUUCAUUGUGUGAUGUGCUACAUUGUCUUCCCUCAUUUGAUAAGCUACGUCCAUACAUCGGGCAUCCCUCAUAGUGAAAAACAUUUUCCGAAACGUCAUUUUGGAUUUAAAACGGAAACUGACACAUCUUUUUUCCCCCUCUAACUAUAAAUUAACCCAUGUUCCUGGUCACAUGAACUAAAAUGGAAGAUGAUGCAUCAAAAUUGGAUUGUUCUUUGGUAAUGAAUGCAUCAAAAUGGCAGACAAAACUGCACAAACAGUAAAUUUAGCAUUCUGAAAUAGUCUCCACCUACAGGGCUUAUACCUAAGACAAGUCUACAUGCAGAGAGUGAGAGGACAAGGAGAAGCAUCCUGCCAAACAUCAGGGAUUGUCUGGAACUUCAGAAGGAAAGCAAGGAAUCCUCAAGUAAUAGUUAACUAAACAGGAUGAGCAAAAUUAUAGGAGAGAACAAAAAUUCUGUUCAUGGAUCUACUGACUAUGGAGGAUUGUUUCUUUUGGCUAUGCUUAUGGAGCAAACUGCUGAAAAAACUGGAUUUGGGAUCUCAAUGAAAAAUCAAAAUGGUUCAACAUUUUUAGAAGUUUUGCCAUACAUUCACUGCCUAAUGCAGUCCUAUAACUACCAACACUGUGGCUCAUGGGCUAAGAGGGCAGAAUAACAAAAAGCUCCAUCCAUAAAAUAUUUCAGUUUCACAGAUUGGUUUCCAACAGUGUUUUUUCUAUUUUGUUUUGUAUCGUGGGUUGUGACUACUCAGUGGAUCUCCAAGCAGCAGCGAGAAAAUGGCUAAUGUAGCUGCAGAGGCCAUCAUCACUUCAUUUCUUAAUGAAACAAUCCAUAUGGCUACAGUACGGCCACCCAAUACAAGCAGUGACUAUUCUUUGCCACUAAAACUGUGUUGUAAUAGCGAAUGACCUGAAAUCUAAAACCCUGAAAUCCGUGUGUCCAAGGUUGCCCUUACUUCCUAAGCAUUUCAACAGGAAGCUUACAGCUAUAAGUCAUGCUGUCUGUUUUGUACUUAAACCUUCCAUUAAACUUAAUAUUCAGGAUUAUACAAGAUCAGGAGAAGGCAAAGAAAUAAAUACACCGUAAUUACAAAAUUACAUAAAGCUGGGCUUAAUCAACACUAAGACACAAGAUAAAAAUAAAAAAAAACACUUUCUGCCCUAACCAACUUGUGCCUUUUUACCAUGACUAAAAAGACUUCAAUACCUUUUAUCAGGUUACCUACUUCUGCUGAAACUGUGGUUUUGUAAAUGCUUCCUUGUUUAUUUCCCACUGUGUUGUGCAUUUCUGUAUAUGUCUUGGUUUGUUAUAAUUGCUAAGGGGAUUAUUUUGGUUGUAAAUCAUUCAUACUGUAACUCCAGCAAGUUCACAUUUAGCCUGUAUGUGCUGAUGCUUUAAAGAUCUAUACAAUCUAGAAUGUAAAAGGGGAUCAAAAAGGGCAGAAACAAGGUGUUUAAAAGCAGAAAAGAAGAACAAUAUGAAUGAGUUAACAGAACAGAAAGGCGCUUCUGUACUUAUCAGGGCAAGUAAAAUGGUCUUGUCUGUGCUGAAACACGUUUGUAAGUUAAACACAUUAGUUAGCCUCGUUCACCAACCGUUCUUAAUAAGAAAUUUCGUCUUAAAUUUUCACAAAGAUUUUGACGUUCACCAAUGUUUUCUUAUUUGGGAUUUGUUCCUGGGUAAGAAGAGAAUCUACACACACUCAAGAGCACAAAGGUGCAAACAAUUCUGCAGUUUAA